UCCAACCUGACAUACCGAGACUACACUCAUCUCCACGCACAUAUGGAUUCACACGGAUUCCCCUACACAGACCGGAGGUUCUACACUGACAGGGCAAUGUCACAGAUGUCCGGUUCUUACGAUCCUCACUACAAGAUGCCCAAGUCAGAAGAGAACUCCGAACCGGAAGAGCGCCCGAAGAAAACGGCCAAAUCUGUAACCGCCGAGUUUGCGGACAUGACAUCUAUGAUGGGCGUCAACUAUAUCCAUCACUCCCGGAGGCUGUGGUCCAAGGGCAUUUGGCUCAUUAUCGUCCUCGGAGGAUGUGCAGCGAUGCUCUUCCACCUCUCCUACCUGGGUAAGGUGUACUUUCUUUACCCAAUUCAGACGAAACUUGAGCUUGGUUUCGACAGCUUGUCAUUUCCAGCCGUGACCGUGUGUAACAUCAACCCUAUCCGGGUCUCCAAGCUGGCUGAGGCCGGCCCUCAGAUGCAGGCCCUUAUGCAGAAUACCAACACUACCAACCUCAUCCGGUACCUCAACAACACUAAUUCAGCCGCAGAACCAUCCGCAAGUGGCAGUACCCAAGCAUCAGGGACCGGAAGUACCGCAGCAUCAGGGACCGGAAGUAGCCCUCGACCACCAAGUAGCUCCGGCAAGCGAAGACGUAAACGUUAUUUGGACGAUUUUAAAGUUAACGUCACAAACUCCUACGUCAACAUCUCUGACACCAUCAAUAACGACUUCAAUGACCAAUGGCAAAAAGAAUCACCAAGAACGACAGAAUCUGAAAUUGAGCAUGAAUUUGAAGACCUGUACAGUAAGAUACCAAGAUAUAAACGUAUCAAACUUGGACACCAGCUGAGGGAUCUUGUGGUGAAGAGUUCCUUUGCCGGAAGAACAGUGAAAAACAAUAACUACCUCAUCCACCACUCCAUGACCUACGGGAACUGUUUCACCCUGGAGUACCCGGACUUUAUCAGCCGGAAGAGUGGACCUGAUGACGGUGUUGAGAUGGUGUUGUUCCUGGAGAACUACGAAUAUCUACGUGGCUGGACAAACGGCAAUGGCGCUCACCUGGUUGUUCACGACAAGAGCACCGUGCCCCUUCUUGAACAGAACGGGGUUGCAAUAUCGGGAGGAACAGAGACGUUUAUCGGCCUCAAGAGGGUAAACAUCCAGCGCCUCGGUCGACCCUAUGGAUACUGUGAUGACGGCAUACAGUUCAAAAGGGACUUUAACGUCACAUACACACGACAGGCCUGUCAGGACUACUGCCUCGUGCGCCUCAUCGUGAACGCAUGUGGAUGCUAUGACGGUCGAGAGGGGGAUAUGAACAGGAUAUUUCAUCUGUCGGACGCCCAUAGUGACUGCAAGAAUCAGUCAGAGGAAUCCAUGAAGGUGGUAGUGCACUGUCCUCAGACAGAGGAAUCAAUGAAUGUGGUAGUGUAUUUUCCUCAGACUGAGGAAUCCAUGAAGGUGGUAGUGUAUUGUCCUCAGACAGAGGAAUCCAUGAAGGCGCAAGUCCUGGUGGAGGCGAUAUGUGCUAAGUCGGAUGAGGAACACUGCAAGAGACUACGGCGAUAUGAUGGCUACCAGCUGUCACAAAACUUCAUAAAACUCAACAUAUAUUACGAAGAUCUCAACUACGAAAACAUCACUGAGGAUGCGGAUUAUGCGGAUGCCCAGUUCCUGUCCGACAUCGGUGGGACGCUAGGGUUGUGGAUUGGCUUGUCUGUCAUCAGUGUCUUUGAGGAUUGGACAGUUUUCGGGAGCUCAUUGGCGUAUGCUGCCAAGCUAAGGGCAGCACAGAUUCCCGGAAAACGACACCACGCGUGCGCAGUGAGCCAUCCACGGACAGGCCACGUUACCCGUGACAACCCGCCUCGCUCUGAGUACGGUCGUAAACAAAAUGGCGACUACCUUGGGAGCUAUGGCUACAAGUAG